UUAUUAUUGCGCGUCGUAGAGUCCCACCAUCGCCCUGGAAAGUUCCUCUCCCCUGUUCCCAGUCCACCCCGACGACACCAAAACACCCGCGGGGACAGAGAGAGGAGAGAGAGAGAGAGAGAGAGAGAGGAGCAUCCAUGGAGGGGGGGUUCCGAUCGACCUCGUAUGCGGACGCCCGCAUGCAGAUACAGCCGUACGGCAACGGACCCACCACGCCUCCUCUUCCUCUUCCUCCUCCUUUGAGGUCGUAUAGCACCUCCUACGCCUCGUCCUCCCCCGCCCCAUCUCGCGGCGCCGGAGAGAUCGAGGCGAGGAGAUCCAAGUCCUUUAAGAACGGCUGGGGCUUCAUCGACCCGGAGCUGCAGAGGAAGAAGAGGGUGGCCUCGUACAAGGCCUACUCCGUGGAGGGGAAGGUGAAGGGAUCGUUUAGGAAGAGCUUUAGGUGGUUCAAGGAUAGGUAUCAUGAGGUCCUCUACGGUUGGUGGUGAAUCCUUCGAUUCCGCCCCCCCCAGACUAAGCUUUCUAGAGAUUAUAAACUGCAGCAUUACAGAUUACCAUUUCCGGUACAUUUGAUUGGGGAAAGAAGACAAACUCCGGUGCACUAAGUUAUGCUGUGUUGAUGCAUUGACAGGGAACAGUGGCCGCCUUGGUUAGUGCUGGAGAUUCUUCAGUUGGAUCAUUCUUUCUCAGAGUUUUGUUCGUAGCUCCGACUCCAAAGUGCAGCAUUAGCUUGUUAUAAAGUAACCAUUAUUAGUUUAUUUUAUCCAGUUGGAAGAUGUAUUUAUUUGAGCUGCCUAAGGCUGCUGCAACUCUUCUAUAUUAAUCCUUUUUUGUUUGCCGAAGUUCUGCAUAUCUAUGAACAAUACAUUGUGUAGUUCGCAAUGUUGGUAAUAAGAUCUGACUUUUCCUUUGUAA